CAGGGUCGCAGGUCAGAGUAGCCCUCAUCAAGAAGACAUCUGGAAGGUGGAAGCCCAUCGUGGGGGACAUGACUGGAGAUCCACCCUGGGGGAGGCUGACCCCCGUGGAGAACGUUCCUGCAGGCGUGCCUACAAGAGGGAGGAUAUCAGCGGAGAACGUCUUUGGAGAUGUACUCACAAGGAGAAAGAUCUCUCUGAAGAACUUCUCUGCGGACGUUCCUCAAAAGAGGAUGAUCUCUGAGGAGAACGUCUACGGAGAUGUACCUGCGAGAAGAAAGACCUUUCUGGAGAACUUCUCUGAAGAUGUUCCGACAAAGAGGAAAAUGUGUCUGGGAAAAGUCUCUGGAGAUGUUCCCACGAGGAGAAAGACAUCCAUGGAGAGCGUGGCUGAACAAGGACCCAGAAAGGCCAAAACUUUAGGGGGGAAAAUGUCUGGAGAUGUACCUGAUAGAAGGGAGACCUGUGGGGGAAACUCAGCUGGUCCUCAAGCCAGAUGCAAGACUACUUCUCUGAGGGGCAUAAUCGACCCUGAACCCAGGAGAGAGAGCUGGUCUGUGGGGGAGGAACGAGAGGCCGGCUCCAGGAAGAGGAGGAAGAUCCGCCCCUCAGGCUUCAGGGGGAAAGGUCAACUUCGCCUGUCAAUCACCCCAGAGGACGAGAAGAUAAGUAUUCAGGUCCUCGAGGCCAGAGGGCUUCUGGGUACAUCCUCCCGAUCAUGUGACUCCUACGUCAAGCUGGCAGUCAUCCCAGACCUAGACCACAGUACCCACAGGAAGACGACCACAGUUCUGGACUGUAAGAACCCUGUGUUCCAGGAAACGUUCCUUCUGGCCAUCACAGCUGAAGAUCAUCAGAAGAGACUGCUGGUGACUGUCUGGAACCGUAACCCCAGCUCCCGGAGGAGUGAGUUCCUGGGCUGCAUGAGCUUUGGAGUCCGCUCUCUCGUCACAGCCUCCAAGGUGAUCAUUGGCUGGUACUACCUCCUGGGGGAGGAGCUAGGGAGAAGCAAGCAUCUGAAGGUGGCGUCUCGGCGAAUCAAACAGCAGCAAGGGGAUGGCGGUCCCAGCAGCACCAGCACCAGCCUGACCAACAGUAACUACGGAACCGCCCCUGAACCAGCCAGCCCAGAGAACAACCAGCAAUACAUGACGGUGACCGUCCUGAGAGGUAAAGAUGGCUACGGCUUCACCAUCUGCUCCGACUCCCCGGUUCGUGUCCAGGCUGUGGACCCCGGGAGCCCCGCCCACCAGGCCGGCCUCCAGCAGGGAGACUCCAUCCUGCAGCUCAACGGACUUCCUGUCGAGCAGUGGAAGUGUGUGGACCUGGCGCAGGCCAUCAGGAACUGUCACAGUGAGAUCUCCAUGGUGGUGUGGCGGAGCCUGCCUGUCAUGAAGCCUUAUUUCGAGGGCCUGAUCCACCAGCCGUCCUACAAACCUCCUGCCCAGGAUGGCGGCUCCCCGCAGGGCAAGAAGCGAGACAAGACGCCCCCCUUGCUGUCGCGGCCCGCGGGCCGCCUGGGCAGACGCAGGCCCGGGUCGGAGGGCAAGGGGGGGUUCGGGGGGCUGGGGACCCUGUGGCGGGACAAGAGGGAGGAGCCAGACUACAAGACCAGGACGCACACACUCAAAGGCACGCGGGUGACCUCAUCAAACGGGGACAACUACAUCAUCCUGUCCCCGGUCAAUCCAGGAAGUCAGAUCCUGCAGCCAGUCUACCAGGACAGGAACGGCACUCUGGGGCGGCUGUACCAGACCCACCCCACCUCCACCAGGCUCCACCAGGCGGGGGGGCUGCUGCAGGACUCGGAGCCCCAGGACAGGGGUGCGGCCUCGCGCCGGGACCACGUCUCCACCAUGGCUCCUCCCCCCUCUGCCUCCGCCUACCAGCGGAGCCACGGAAACUACCAGAACUGCACCAUCGUCCAGUCCCACCUGCCCUACUCCAACUACGGCACCUACGUCACCCUGGCUCCCAAGACCCUCAUCUUCCCCGUGUUCGUCCAGCCUCUGGACCUGUGCAGCCCGGAGAGGACCCUGCUGCUCUCAGAGGAGAUGAUCCUGCAUGAAAACAACCUGCUGCCCAUCAAGGUGACCGUGCUGAUCUACAGCGACCUCCUGCUGCUGACCAGGGAGGACGAGGUGGGGCGCUGCAACGUCCUGCAGAGCCCCCUGUACCUCCACAACCUGCGGCUACGAGAUGUUCCGGCUGAUAUAAUGAGGCUGUACAUCAUCCACUGGACAGAGGUACGUUCCUCAUCCGCUGUUCUCCUCCUUCUUGUCCUCCUCGUCCCACGAAGAGGAGCGAGGGACUGUUUCAGCCUGGAGGCCUACACUGUGGACCAGAAGCGGAGGGUGCACCAGUGUCUCCGUGACAACAUCGACAAGCAGCUGGGCCUCAAACACAUAUCCGAACGCGACGAGGAGCCUAUAGAUGACGUCCAGUGUGACCUGGGGGUCCUCAGUCUGGGCCAGCAGGACUCCCUGUACAGCCACUCUCCAGAGAGACCCCCCUACAGCUGCUCCCCCGAGCCCUACGGGGUAGUCCCGGGCCUGGGGCAGGAGGCCCUCACCCCCCCGGCCCGGAGCCUCACCCCCCCCACCAAGCCCCCCACCCCCCCGGCCCGGAGCCUCACCCCCCUGGUCCUGAGGAGCUCCGAGAACCUGCAUCAGCACUCCCUCCCCACCCCGCCUCCCCUCACCCCCCCUCCCUGCACGGUGGGCAAGACCCGCAAGGUGCUGGAGAGCCCGGUGUGGAGGGAGAGGGACGAGGAGGAGGGGGAGGAGCGAGAGAGGGGAGCGGAGGAGGUGGAGAAAGUGUGGAAGGGGAGGGAGAGGGAGGCGGCGCUGGAGAAGGAGGAGAGGCAGCAGGGCGAGGGGGAGAGCGCCUCCGAGACGUCCGAGACGGCGGGCGCCGGCGCCCUGCCCCUCUCCUCCUCCCCGUCCCCCUCCUCCCCCCUGGCCCUCCCGGACCUCCGGCCGGACCAGGCCUCGCCCACGGAGCCCUCGCCCUCCCCGGACGAGGACGAGGAGAGCGACGAAGACGAGGAGGGGUGCGGGGGGCGGGGCGGCGCCGGGCGCGGCGGGGGCCGGACGUCGCUCCACAGACGCACCCUCAGCGAGGGCAGCCUCCUCCAGGAGCCCCGCUCUCCUCGGUUCAUUUCGGACAGCACCCUGCAUCACCUGACCCGCCCCGGCCCCCCUGGGGGGCCCCCGGUCCACUGGGCCCCCCAGCCCUCCCCACAGACCCUGAGAAGGGAACUGACCCGCGAGGGGGGCUCGGUGUGCAGGAUGUACAUGCUGCUGUCUGGAAGGACGGAAUGUGGCCAGUGGGACUGCAGCUGUGAGUCUGGACAAGCACACAGAAAAAAGAACAAGACCAAGAGUCUGGCUAAGGACAUGAAGAACCGGCUGACCUUCCUGCGUCGGAGGAACGACCUUCACAGUGCCGCUCCCGCCCAAGGCCUGGAGAAACUCCUCAAGUCCGCCAGACCAGCUCCAGAGGAGGUGUUUAAGUGGGGGGAGAGCUUAGACACACUGUUGGCCCACAAACUGGGGCGUCACGGUGUUCCGGGGCUUUCUGAGGUGAACCUGGACUCAUGGACGCGCGAAGCUACCGAGCAGAACCUGCAGAACCCAGGCGGCCUGACUACUUCCUGUUUCCUGUUAGCCCAGAGCAGGAUCUACAGCCUGAUGGAAAAGGACUGUUACCCACGCUUCCUACGCUCCGCCCUCUACCUGGAUCUGACCAACCACAGGCGUGGCCUCACACGGCAGACCAAUCAGAAUAGACCUCUCUCCAUGGUGGAGCUUCCGCGGUCGACCUCCACCUCCGUCAUCUUCUCCCCCAGCGUGGCGAGGACGUGCCGCAGCUCGGCCCCCAUCACCGUGCCGUUGCCCUCCUUGUCGAAGACGCGCAGCCCCUCCACAAAGUCCUCGAAGGUGCCCUGCUCCUUGGAGCGCGAGAUGUGCUGCAGCAUGGGCAGGAAGGUGUCGAAGUCUAGCAGCUCCCGGUGCAUCUCCUCCGGCUUGGGCUUCCCCAGCAGCUUGAGGACCUCUGCGUUGGUGAUCUUCAUCUCGCCCGCCGGCGUCUCGUCGAACAGGGUGAAGGCGUCCCGGAACUCCUCGAUCUGGUCCGGGCUGAACUCCAGAACCACGCUCUUCAGGUCCAGCUCGGGCUCCUUGGCCGGUAACGGUUCCACGGGCUUGGGGGGUUCCUCCUCCUUCUUCGGCUCCGGCUUCUUGGGUUCCACUUUCUUGGGUUCUACUUUCUUCGGGGCCAUGUCGCCUGCUCGUGUGACCGUGCUGAUCUACAGCGACCUCCUGCUGCUGACCAGGGAGGACGAGGUGGGGGCGCUGCAACGUCCUGCAGAGCCCCCUGUACCUCCACAACCUGCGGGCUACGAGAUGAGGAGCGAGGGACUGUUCAGCCUGGAGGCCUACACUGUGGACCAGAAGCGGAGGGAGCCUAUAGAUGACGUCCAGUGUGACCUGGGGGUCCUCAGUCUGGGCCAGCAGGACUCCCUGUACAGCCACUCUCCAGAGAGACCCCCCUACAGCUGCUCCCCCGAGCCCUACGGGGUAGUCCCGGGCCUGGGGCAGGAGGCCCCUCACCCCCCCCGAGGCCCGGAGCCUCACCCCCCCCCCACCAAGCCCCCCACCCCCCCGGCCCCGGAAGCCUCACCCCCCUGGCCCCUCCCGGACCUCCGGCCGGACCAGGCCUCGCCCACGGAGCCCUCGCCCUCCCCGGGACGAGGACGAGGAGAGCGACGAAGACGAGGAGGGGUGCGGGGGGCGGGGCGGCGCCGGGCGCCGGCGGGGGCCGGACGUCGCUCCACAGACGCACCCUCAGCGAGGGCAGCCUCCUCCAGGAGCCCCCGCUCUCCUCGGUUCAUUUCGGACAGCACCCUGCAUCACCUGACCCGCCCCGGCCCCCCUGGGGGGCCCCCCGGUCCACUGGGCCCCCCAGCCCUCCCCACAGACCCUGAGAAGGGAACUGACCCGCGGAGGGGGGCUCGGGCUAAGGACAUUGAAGAACCGGCUGACCUUCCUGCGGUCGGAGGAACGACCUUCACAGUGCCAGCUCCGCCCAAGGCCUGGAGAAACUCCUCAAGUCCGCCAGACCAGCUCCAGAGGAGUGGCGUCACGGUGUUCCGGGGCUUUCUGAGGUCUGAAUUCAGCGAGGAGAACCUGGACUUCUGGUUGGCCUGUGAGAAGUUCCGUCAGACCAGGACGCAGUCCAAGAUGGCCGCCCGGGCCAAGAAGAUCUUCUCCGAGUUCAUCUGCACUCAGGCCUGCAAGGAGGUGAACCUGGACUCAUGGACGCGCGAAGCUACCGAGCAGAACCUGCAGAACCCAGGCGGCCUGACUACUUCCUGUUUCCUGUUAGCCCAGAGCAGGAUCUACAGCCUGAUGGAAAAGGACUGUUACCCACGCUUCCUACGCUCCGCCCUCUACCUGGAUCUGACCAACCACAGGCGUGGCCUCACACGGCCAGACCAAUCAGAAUAG